CAAGUCCAUUUGUUGAUGGAGCUCAUCGGAAGCAGUUACAAAGGAGACACCAAAAAUGGCAGGAUGCAUGGAAAAGGAGAGUACACAUUCCCCACAGAGACCAAGUAUGUGGGAGAGAUGAAAGAUGGCAUGUUUCAUGGCAAAGGAGUGCUACACUUUCCAAAUGGAAGUAAAUAUGAGGCCACCUGGGAAAACGGCAUAGCUAAACAGGGGUCACUGACCUUUGCCGAUGGUCUGCAGUACCAGGAGACGGACUGGGACUACUGCGAUGGUUAUGACAGGCGUUUCUACAGUGAGAGGUGCAAUGGACUCAGACCUGCAGGAGAAUCUCAGCUAACUGAUCUGCAUCCGCCACGCGUCAUUCCUGAUGGAUGUUACGAUUGUGGAGAUGGUUUCUAUGACCCCAAAACCAGAGUCAUCACUUCUCACACUGGCAGGUUCCUCAGGAAUGCAGAUGACUCUGAACAUGAGUGGAUUGUGCGGACUUGUCGGAAAGCUUGGGAUGAGGUUGCUGGCGUUAAUCCUGAGAAGUCUGUUGCAUCCAGACCCGAAGAGUCCAGCAGUAUCAACUGAUACGUUUUGCAUUUUAUUUUCAGGAAUUGGCUAUUAAAACUGUUGGAAAUGUUGAUUAUUAUUAUUUUUUUGUCCUGUAUAAGUCUUUGACAUAUAAAGAAUGAACAUCAAAACGUUAUAUUGUCUCUUUUUAUGUUAUUUAUUUUCUUUUGUUGUACAUUGAGUUGUAACCACUUCAUCUUAAUUUCCAUAUAGCCUGUGUGUGUAUUUUAGUGAGGUAGAGAGUAUGGAAAUCUACAGGCGGCACAAUAUGUAUCCUGUCUUUCAUUUGGUUUGAUUAAAUAAACAUUGAUAAUUUAAACAUACUGUAUGCUGCUGUUUUGAGUUAAGUAGUUGGUUGUGCCAACAUACUAUGUUUGUUAGAAUUCAAUCUGAUGUCAUUGGCAUGUCUACCAAUCAGAAGCAUUUACUCUCUGACUGAAUAUCAAACGUCUAAGGGUGUUUUUGUUUUUUGAUCAUAGCAAAUAAAAAGAAAGUGAUC